GAAACCAGGAAAUCGUCGAGGUGUGCUUAUCUUUAUCCUGCUUGUGGAUCGUAGGCUACCCCUUUGCGGGUAGAUACAUGUGUCUCUCGCCGAUAUCGUCGUCUUUUAUUUAAUUGUUUAGCUUUUGAACCCGGGCUCAGAUCUGAAGCCGAAAAAACUGCAUCGGAGAGGAUCUCUAUUCUCGCCCAACAAUGAGUGAGUCCAGUAUCUGCCAGGCUCGGGCCACGGUGAUGAUCUAUGAUGAUGGGAAUAAGAUGUGGCUCCCGGCAGGAACAGGGCCUCAGACUUUCAGCAGGGUCCAGAUCUACCACAACCCCUCCACUAACGCCUUCAGAGUGGUGGGACGCAAGAUACAGGACUAGAUCACCUGCUACCACCCCAUCUGUGAUGACACAACCUCUCCUCACUCAUCCCUUCUUGUAUCCAACUCUUCCUUCAUUUCAUGAGAACCACUGUAGAGCACAUAAUCACGGCUGCUGUUGCUCUUACUCCUUGUCAUGUACAGUUGUAUCUCUCCCCCCAUGUAUCUGCCCCGUAGAAAUCCUGCUCCUAUUCACUCUCUUUGUCAGACAGACCAGUGUUUUUUACUGGAGUCUUCAGUAUUCAGGGAAGAUCAUAUCAUUCAUUCUUGUUACUGUAAUGGCAGAGUGGUUGGUUGGCUUUUGUAAGAAUCCUCUUUAACCUGGCACAGCUUCGACCUCAAACACGGCCUUCAAAUAAUAACAUUUUAAAUGGGCCAAGACGACAUAGGCCUAUCUUGAGAAUGUGUGGUGACAGGAGGAAACUACCAGAUUGUACAGGGACCCCAUGGUGGAGGGCUUUCAUCCACAGCACACACUGCUCCCUUCAGGCCUGGUGCACAAGAGCUUAUAAUGCACCACUGCCAUGAAGCAAGGGCUACUGCUCCCAAGUGUACUGCUCUGUCAAUGGCCAAAAAAAGAGACCCUACACAAACUUCAGUUCUACAGACUUUGAGGAGAAGUCAGAGGAGACAUGCAAAGGGAAUGUGAUGGAUGACCUCCAGGAGUGCCGUGAGAGAGGAGAGUACUGUGGUUCUGUGCUAUGGAGGGAAUCCUAGUUCUUUCUGCAUUGCACUUGGCCUGGAGAAAGUGUGUAUUUUGUGUGCCACUCAGAAUUGACGAAACACUCAUCUUUACCUUCUGCUCAAAAUGAGACACUAAUAAUUUGCCAGUGCAGUGAUCCUAAACUUUACUGUUUCUUUUGUUUGAAAUUUUAAGUAUGUUUUCUAACUACAUUGAAAUAUAAAAAUUCGGCCAUGACUAAGUCAAUUAAUUGGCCAUGACCAACUGCCUUGGAGAAUAUAUAUAUAUAUAUAUAUAUAGAAUUUUUUUUUGGGGGGGGGGUGCUAGCAAAAUUGAAAUGCUGUUUCUAUUUUAAUUGAGGUGAAUGGGACAUUUUUGGAUUGUUUUCUUUUUAAGAGAUGUAAUUGGGUUACUGUUUUUGUUUUUCUAAUAGAGUAUAGGCUUUUUACACUGAAAUAUAAAUAAAACAGCGUAGAGACACUGGAUUAGAGAUGCCUUUUUAUAGUCAAAUACAGCCGCUUCUUGUAAUGC